AUGAUGGACGCUGACAAAGUUCUGUGUAGGAUUUUCGGCACGAGUCCCCUCAACACCGAGUCUACUGCCGCCAGUAGAUCUAAAGACGAUCAUCUCGGACAAUCCAGAUCAUUUCAGAAUUUGAAUUGGGUAAACGAGUAUAUCAGAAAAUCCCUCUUGAACUUAUAUAUUGAUAUGUGGGAUUCCAAGGACAAUAGAGAGGGUCGUGUAGGUCCUCAUCUUGUUAGAUUCGACAUAUCUAUGCAAUAUGGUCUCUGUAUUAUCUCUCCUGACAGACUAAGUGUCAAUUCGCAGAGUAGCUUCAGCACAAUACGAGCUAAUACAGGAGUGUUCAAGGGAAAAUGGAUGUAUGAAGUACAACUUGGAUCCAAAGGAGUGAUGCAAAUUGGAUGGGGUACUGCUCAAUGUAAAUUUAAUCAACAAUAUGGCGUUGGAGACACCCCAAACUCAUAUGCUUAUGAUGGAAAUCGUGUACGGAAAUGGAACGUGAGUACGCACAAAUAUGGCGAAGCCUGGUUAACUGGAGAUAUUAUCGGUUGCGCGCUGAAUAUGGAUGAUGGAACGAUAGAUUACUAUAGAAACGGCAGGAGUCUGGGCAGAGCAUUCGAGAAUAUACCAAUGGGCGCCGGAAUAGCAUACUUUCCCACUGUUAGCCUGGCUUUCACUGAAAAUCUAACAGCCAACUUUGGCUCCAUACCAUUUAGAUAUCCAAUUGAGGAUUAUGAAUCUCUGCAAGCACCGCCGAUGGCACAAGUUCGCCAAGCCAUGCUUCUUUUUCAAUGGCUCUCGCAAGUGAUUGAACUGAUGGAAUAUUCUAAGAACGUUGACAAACAGAAUAUUCUAUUGGAUGAUAAGACUAUGAGUGCCCAUGCAUUUCUCAUGUGCCUAGCGAGAUCCAUACUAAAACAUAUUGGUCCAUUGCUCACCAUUCCUUACGUUACUGAGAUGGUUUUCGUACCAUUCAUACAAAUGCUCUGUAAUCUUAACACCGACGAUUCUGCGACGAAAUCCGCUUACUCAAAUAUUCACAGCGCGCGAUCGAUUGUCUGUCUGGAUCUGUUAUGGACAUUUCUGGAGGAGCACGAAAUUAAAAUGUGCUUGGAAAGCACAGUGCUCCAUUUAUUGUCCGCUUUCCGACAUGUUUCUUUGCUACUUGAAUAUCCAGAUCAGUGCAAGAGCUUGAUACUGCUAACUAAGAUCUGUCAGCACACUGUCACACGGCAAUAUUUUCUACAAUACCUGUUGUUCGAUCGCGUACGUUUUGCCAAUUUUGUACAUGUCAAACCGCUUGACGAAGGCGGAUUAAUGAACGUAGUGGAAAAAGUCUGGUGGGAGACGAAUCCUUUGGAUUCGUCGAUCGAGAUAAACAAGACCAGUUACUUGUAUGCCUGUGAGCGCAUCAAAGCUGCCAUAUCUGAGGUAGAAGCAUUACAAGUGAAGUUACUAGUCAUUUUGUUAAAUAAUACUGAUGGAACAGCCAAAAGGCCAACAUCAAGGGCUAUUUUUUUGAAAAAAUUCAAACGUUUUGUUCAGGAAAAUCUAAUAUCCAAUCGUACACCCCUGCCGAUCACAUUAUGUUGCUUUCACCGACUUCUGGUUGCAUUGAGAAUUUUAUGGGAUACUGAAAUUGGGACAAACUCUGUUUAUAUACCUUGCAGGGCGUUCUACGAUGCAUCGAUCGAUUACUCUGGAAUCGACAGACUUGGUGGAGUAAUAACUCACCUAAACAAGACAUUUAGGAACGAAUUGGUACGCCUCCUAGGUUCAGAUCAUGAGAUAAUCACUGCGAUGGACCAACAGCAGCAACAGCAUACUACAGCAGCGACGAAUGAAGCAUCAAAUAAUGCUUAUACCGUUACCGAUACGGCCAUAAGACAACUAGUCGACUUGCCUGUAACUAUACCCGCAGCCAUUUAUCCUCGCUUGAUUAAUAUCAAUCCGCCAACAGCAUCAACGAGCCAAGGUAAUUCUAUGAUACUGGAGAGAUUUGGAUUUUUCUCUUAUAGAGAAAAUAGGCCUAGAGAAGAUAGGACGCCAAUACGUCAUGGUCCUGCAGAUCCAGCGAUCUCGUUGAUAGAAUUAUUAGACGAUAUUAUCUUAUUCUAUCAUGUAGCAGCGAAAAAGCAAUUAGCCAAGGUGGCUGGUCUACGCGACAGUAUGUCUGCCUAUGUUAACGCGAUCGCCAAUACGAAAGCAAGACUCGAACACAUCAAGCGGGAGACAAGUCCGGGGAAGAGUCCAAACGCGAAGGCAAUACAAAAAGAACUGCUCCGUACAACGGACAUAUUUAAUAAAAAAUUGUCGGAGCAAGCAAGACACAUGGCGUGGAUCAGGGCCGUCGUAUACUCGGAAGAAAAACAAGCGCAGUUGGCCUGGCUGCUAAAAGUGGUUACAUUGACUUUGCAAACGGCCAGUCAACAGGGCAACAUGUUCAGCUUCGUGCCUGAUUUCUAUCUGGAGACGUUAUCUGAUCUGAGUAUAAGCUUGCGCGCCCACAUGCAUCCCACUGUGCCAAUCGAGAAUAUCCCAGAUUAUCGAACGAUAUUAUGUAACACUGCCGAAUUUCUGUGCGAUCAUUUUCUCGAUCAGCGUAUAGUACAUGCCAAUUCCAAGGAUGUGCUAAUACUUGCACUUGCUGGUUUCGUGUCAAAUUCGUUGAUGCUGGAGGCAUUGGAAAACGUGCCGCGCAAGAGCAGGAUAAAACUUGUCACGAGUUUAUUGAAACCGUACGAGAAUAGAGCGUGGGCGCAAUCCAAUUGGGUCCUGCUUAGAUUUUGGCAGGGUAACGGUUUUGCCUUUCGAUACGAGAAAAGUCCGCAUCUCUCGAAAAUUGGCAUGAAGCAACAGGAAUCUGUCUAUCAGCUCAUAAAACCAUGUCCAUCGGUAAUAUAUCAAGCGCACGUAAGGGACGUGUUGUUGGAUAGUCCGCAGGCUUCUACACAAUUUUUGAACUCGCUAUUGAAUCAAUUGAAUUGGGCAUUUUCCGAGUUUAUUGGCAUGGUGCAGGAAAUUCACAACGUAUCGUCCAGGCCGGAGCGUGUGUUUAUCGAAUCUAGACAAUUGAAGAUUUGUGCCACUUGUUUUGAUCUUGCUAUCUCGUUGCUUCGAGUGUUAGAGAUGAUUUCCACGGUAGCUUUGGAUGUUUUCAGCGAUCCCAAGCAGUCUUCCAGCGAAAUCUUGUUGGCCAGAUUGUGUCAAUUACUCUGCCAAGUAUUGAAUAGAAUGAGCUCGCAAACUAACUGUUUUCAACAUGUGAUGCUAUUGGAAAUACCGGAUUUAGAAUCUGUAGAUCACUUUCCUAUAUUGGCUGCCGUUAUUGGUAUUCUGUUGGCUCUUCUUGAAAAAGACAUGAAAGAUUUUGGAGCAAAAUCGACACUCGAAAUACCCAGAAUUACACGAAGUUUAUUAACAGAACCAAGCUUCCAGAUCAGUUCUCUGCAUUUUGUUCUAAGUGACACAAAAUUGAAAAAUACAAAGACAAAAAAUAUAAAGCCGUUCUCGUUGUUGAACUGUAAGUAUUUUGUGAGUUACUGAUAUCUCGUGAGAAAAUUGUGAUUAAUUUUUAAUAUUUUUAGAACAAUUUUUGUAACGUUAUCAAAAAUGUUAGGAAAAUCAUGAUCAUAGUUACGUGGGACAACCUGAAUAUACAAACACGAAUACAC